AUGGCCCUCAACCAAGAACCGCGGCAGACUACCAGUAAUCUCGGUCAUCUUCAAAAGCCUAGUAUUCAGGCCUUAAUUCAUGGACUAAAUCGACAUUACUACUCAAUACCUAUCGCUUAUCGGACUCAUGAUCUAGAGCAAAAGAUGUUAUUGAAUCUUAACAAGCAAUCUUGGAUGGAUUCAUUAGCAGUUCAGAAUUAUACUGGUUGUAGUGAAAAGAACAAGGACAGCAUGACUGCUAUGCUGAAGCUCGCUAAACUUUACAAGAAGGCUCUUGAAGAUGAAGAGAAAAUGACCGACGAAGAACUUGCCAUUAAGAAUGUUGGGAAGCAAGAUCCUAAGAGACAUCUUGGAGAGGAGGUGACGAAGAUGUUGAGUGAUAAUAUUGUGCAAAAUCUCGCUGGGAUGAUGGAUACUACUUCAUUCCAAUGA